UCAUUUCCAGAAAACGAAGCACUGAGCCAAGAGCUUCAUCGCCUCCGCCAAAUCUUUGAUGCCUAAGCGAUAGAUUUUGAUAUGCUGGUCUCACGGAGAGCGAUCGAGGGAGGCGAAAGGCGCCACCUUGAUGAGUUUUCUCUACUCAAAUUUGGAUUUUUAAGAUUCAAGUUCGACCUCUUCGUUCUUCUUUUCUGAGAUUGAAACUUCCGCGUGAGGAAUCAGGAUCAACUAGGCAUUGUGUUCUGUUUUGCUGGAACAAUGUUCUAGAAAGUGUUGCUUUGAUCCGAAAAGAUUAAGGAAGAUCGCGCUCUUGGAGGCACAGGGCAGAAGAAGAUUCCAGUACCAAACCCAAAGAUUUGGCGAACAGGAUGCUGAGGAAGAGAUCGAGAGCAAUCGGUGGAAAACAAGCCCUAAUGUCCGAUCUCCACUCCCUCCCUUCUUCCAGUAGCUGCUGCUGCAACAAGUCCAGGGCUUUCUCAAUCUUCCCCUCUCCAAGGCUCUUUGUUGGGGUCUCCUCAAGUACCUCCUCGGACUCCGAAGCCGCCAUGAGCCCGACUUCCAUACUCGAGACCAAGAGCUCGCCCUCGAUCGGCCGCCAUCUCUUCUUCGAUGCUGCCAAAUCCAGUGGCGGAGAGAAUAACCGACUCGCUGGAUCAUUUGGCGACUCCGAGGCUGUUGGGCUCGGUAUCAUUGACGCUCUCAACGACGAGAAAUCCGCCGAAGCUUACCUCAAAUCGAAGACUAGGAUGGUGGUAUUUGGAUCGCAGCUCAAGAUCCGGAUUCCUUCCCUUGGCCCCGGCUCGAUGUCUCCGGUCGGAUCCCCGAUAGAGUUUGGCGUCAAGAACAAAGAAUCUCAACUGGCUCUUCUCUCCCCUGCUCGGAAUUCUCUGGGCUUGGAGAUGCCGGUUUCUUCUUCACCUAGGGUUUUUGCUGGGUGCGUCUCUAUCAGCGAGAUGGAACUCUUGGAGGAAUACACUUGUGUGAUAUCUCAUGGUCCAAAUCCUAGAACCACGCACAUUUUUGACAAUUGCAUAUUGGAGAGCUGUGGAGAUGGGUUCACUGCUUCCACCGAAAGCAGCAGCCCUGCAUCAACUGAUAGCAGAGACCACCUUACCAAUGAUUUCUUGAGCUUCUGCUACACAUGCAAGAAGAAUCUUGGCCAAGGAAAUGACAACUUCAUAUCUAGAGGUGAGAAAGCCUUCUGCAGUAGUGAGUGCCACAAAGAAGAGAAGCUCAGUGACUCUGACAGUUUAUCGGAAGAGACAUGAAUCAAAAUUUAAUGCAAGUUCAACCUAUCAAAAUUUGCAGGCAAUCUAGUUGAGCAUACCCUUGGUUCUGCAAUUCUUUAGGUGGUUCUGGAUUAUGAUUCUAAGUGAUGAAAAUGAUUCAAAAGUAUGCUUAUCUGUAGCUUUUUGUUUUUGUUAAAAUUUUACUGUCAGAAAAGGAAUUCUGCGAGCCAUCAGAGAGGAUGUUAAUCAGUCAUGCUGUUCCACUGAGGAAAAAUAAUGAAUUUUUUCCCUGUUCA